AUGUCACUCAGAGCGAAAUCCCACACCGACCUGCAGGCGGCUGGGUGCUCCUCGCUAGACGGCAGCUUGUACAAGUCUUUCUCCAUGAGCAGCAGUAACGUUAACAGAGGCAACCGGUUCGGGAACGCGACAGCGGAAGAGGUCAAAGGUCUUGCCAGACCGUCCAGGAGGCCCGUACGGGUGGUCAGGCCGGUCAGCGCCAUCAGCACCAAUGGCUCCUUCCUUCAGAUCAACCAUCUGCAAGGAGAGCUGGUCAGAAAGAGGAAGGAAUGCGAGGAUCUGAGAAAAGAAAACAAGUACUUGUCUAAUGAGAUCCACAUGGAGCGGAUUAUGAUGCGUACAGAGAAUGAACUGACCAUGAGGAACCUCAGGAAUCUGAACCAGGAGCUGCAGACUCAAGUCAAAGAGAAACAAAAGGCAGGCCUCUACUGUUUCCUGACUAAGUCAUUACAGUAUACAUCCACCUAUCUCUGUGACCCACAUCAGCUGAAGCAGAAGCUGUAUCAGAGCCAGCAGAGGGCGACCUUGUGCUCAAGAGCUGCAGACGAGGCGGAGGAGUCCAGAGCGGAGGCGGAGAAGUGCAGGGCCCUAGCUGAGGCUCGGGCCCUUGGGUAUCAGCGGGACAAGGGGGCAGCAGAGGCUGACAGGAGCCGCAUGAGUGAGGAACUGCAGCAUCUUAAAAAAGAGCACACUGAUCUGCAGCUUUUACUAGCAAAAGCAGAGAAGAGUUACUUUGAAAACAAGCUGAAGCUGGACCGGGUGUCUGGGGAGAAACAGGCCUUGCUGCAGGAGAACAGGAGCCUAGAGGGAGACAGAGAUGACCUCCGACACAAGCUGAGACAGAUUACAGAGGAAAAUGUCCAAAUUAAACAGAGUGAGGUGAAUUCGAGGCGCAGAGCGAUGGCGUCGGAGGAGGAGGGCAAAAAGGCCAACCAGGCUCAGCAGGAGGCCGAGGCCGAAAGGCGUCUGGCUGAGAAGGAGAGACAGGAGAGAACGGCCGAGUGUCUCAGCUGGAGGGAGAAGCACCAGGAGUUAGCCGACAGGUUCCGAGCUCAGGAGGACCUGAAGGCUCUGAGGCAGAACAAAGCAUGUCAAGCCAACAUCAAGAGUUAUUUCCUCUGCAUGACAGAAAGCGAUCAGAGGGUGAAAAUUCUCAAAAAUCAAGAUGGCACGCCAAGAAAUUUUACGGAGGGAGACCCUGUGUACAUUUCCACUCCUGAGUCCAGUCCUGAAGAGCCUGAAAGAAUUCCAUCCAGGACCAUGUUCAGGGUCUCUGCCCCACACACGGGGAGGGAUCUGGGCCCGAGUCACUUCGAUGAGCUGCCCCCCUUUGGAGGAGAGCGGCCUGACUCUGCCCCUCCACGCAGAAGCAGGAAGGUGGUGGAAUACUUCUGGAUCCCUACAGAACAAGAAUAGUCAAAAAUUAACAUUUUGUCAUAGAAAAGUUGCUUUGUUUGGUCAUUACUGCAGCCAGAGGAGAUUUUUCACUCAGUUUUUAUGAGUUACAGAGAAGCAAAAUGAUUGUUGUUGGGGAAAAUGCUGAGAUGACAUGAACCUCUAGGUCCUGGUCCACUCUCGCAACAUGCCAGCCUGCAAUUUAUCACCAUACAGCCUGAAUAAUCUCCCUCUGCCUCCACAGUC